AUGCAACGCCAAACAUCAAUUGCCUUUGAGGGUAUUGAUUCCAAUACACCUUGGAAUGAAAAACUCAGUGCUAAAUAUACAAAGCAAAUUUUUCAAAAUAUUUUAUCAAGGUCAUUUGCUUAUUACACAAUAAGCAGUAGGCUUCCUGUAAUUUUAACAAAAGUCAUUAAUGACUUGGUCACAAGCAAAGGAAAAAUACUUCAGGAUUCCUCUAAGGAAGGAGAAGAAGAUUUAAAAUGUGUUAUUGGAAAAAUUUCAAAACUUAAAAAUGAAGUAGUCACUAAUAAACCUCUCAUAAAGUUUGAAUCAAAUAAAGGAGAUUUAGAAGUAUGGAAUAAAUAUCUUGAUUCAGAAACGAUUUCCAAAACUGAUGUGCCUUGUUGGUAUUACUCCCCAUGGCUUUAUGUUGAAAAUUACAUGUAUCGAAGAUUGUGGGAAAUUUUUGAAAACAGUCAAACACUUCAAAACUUUGAUCCUUUUGCGAUAAAAAAGGAAGAAGCAUUUUAUGCAUCAUUGCCUGAUAUGAAAUCAAUUUCUCAAAGUGUGAUUCAAUUACUUAAAAUUCCUGAUUUACCUUCUAAUCAAAAUUUACAAGAUACAUUUAAUUUAUUUUUGAAAUUAUCUCUUUGGAGCAAUAGGUGUGAUUUAUCAUUGUCAGAUGUCAAUCAAUUAUCUACUGAGGAAUCAACAAUGCAUAAAUUAAAUGCUUAUGAUGAAUUUAUAUUAAGCAAUGAUUCUCCUAAAAUAUAUGAAUACUUUAACCAAAGCUCCAAAAAUGGAAUUAUUGAUUUUGUGACUGAUAAUUCAUCCUAUGAAAUUUUUAGUGAUUUUUGCUUUUGUGAUUUUUUGUGUACAUCAUCUCUGGCAUCAAAAAUAAAAUUUCAUGUCAAGCAUUUGCCUUGGUAUGUUUCCGAUACCACAAAAGGAGACAUAAAAUGGCUGCUUGAUAGAAUGGAUAAAGAGGGUUUAAGCAAUUUAUCUGACAGAUGGAAAAAAUAUUUAGAAGAUGGCACUUGGUGCAUUUUAGAUGAAAAUUAUUGGACUUUGCCAUUUGACUUUAAUGUCAUGAAGGUUGAAGAUAAAGAGUUAUAUAAUUCUCUAUGUGAAUCAAAGUUAGUCAUAUUCAAAGGAGAUUUAAAUUAUCGCAAAUUACUUAGUGAUAUUAAUUGGGAUCCUUGUGAAAGUUUUCAAACAGUUUUAAGAGAUUUUAAACCAACUAGUGUACUUUCAUUAAGAACUGUUAAAGCAGAUUUAAUAUGCGGAUUGCCUGUUGGAAAGUAUGAAGAAAUAACACAAAAAAAUAAAAUGUGGAUGAGAACGGGGGAAUAUGCUUCUCUGUUUCUCUAUGGAAUAUUAAUAGCGCAUUCAGAAACCAAUUUUAGUGUAAUAAAGUUUUCAAAAUGGACGUCAAAAUUAGUUUUUACUGGGAGUUGUUGUGAAAUGCAGAAACCGCAUUGUUUAUAUCAAGUUUAA